UCCAAAGCUGCUGGACCCGAGGGAGAGCUGUCAACCAACUGAGUGGCUGGUCAAAUCCACCUCCACCAUGCCGCUCUCCGGAACCCCAGCCCCAAACAAGAGGAGGAAGUCCAGCAAACUGAUCAUGGAACUCACCGGAGGUGGACGGGAGAGCUCCGGCUUGAACCUGGGCAAGAAGAUCAGUGUCCCACGGGAUGUGAUGUUGGAGGAGUUGUCACUACUUACUAACCGAGGCUCCAAGAUGUUCAAGCUGCGGCAGAUGCGGGUGGAAAAAUUCAUCUAUGAGAACCACCCCGAUGUUUUUUCUGACAGCUCAAUGGAUCACUUCCAGAAGUUUCUUCCCACAGUGGGAGGACAGCUGGAAACAGCUGGGCAGGGGUUUUCCUAUGGCAAGGGCAGCAGCGGAGGCCAGGCUGGGGACAGUGGCUCUGCUGGACAGUAUGGCUCUGACCACCACCAUCAGCAGGGAUCUGGGUUUGGAGCUGGGGGUGCAGGUGGUCCUGGGGGCCAGGCUGGCAGAGGAGGAGCUUCUGGCACAGCAGGGGCUGGUGAGCCAGGAUCAGGUGACCAGGCAGGUAGAGAAGGAAAACAUAUCACCGUGUUCAAGACUUACAUUUCCCCAUGGGAUCGGGCCAUGGGUGUUGAUCCUCAGCAAAAAGUGGAACUUGGCAUUGAUCUACUGGCAUAUGGGGCCAAAGCUGAACUCCCCAAAUAUAAGUCUUUCAACAGGACAGCAAUGCCCUAUGGUGGAUAUGAGAAGGCCUCCAAACGCAUGACCUUCCAGAUGCCCAAGUUUGACCUGGGGCCUCUGCUGAGUGAACCCCUGGUCCUCUACAACCAGAACCUCUCCAACAGGCCUUCUUUCAAUCGAACCCCUAUUCCCUGGCUGAGCUCUGGGGAGCCUGUAGACUACAACGUGGAUAUUGGUCUCCCCUUGGAUGGAGAGACAGAGGAGCUGUGACAUGUUUCCUCCUAUAUGACAUCAUUUCCCCUCUCUGGUUCCAGUUUGAGAAGGGAUGCCCCAGCUGUACUCCAGUAUCCUUGUGGCAAUGGAGGGUAAAGGGUAGGAGUCAUUGUAUUCCCACCCUUCAAGUUGCCACUCCAAAGCACCCCUCCC